AUGAUUGGAGUUGAUAUAAGGACAGUUACUAAUACUGUUGUUGGUAGAAAUUUAUAUCCAAGAUUUGAAGUAUGGGUUCCAACUAAUGAUGCUGGUGUGUACACUAGAGUGAUGUCUAUUGAAAUCAGACUGACUCCUGAUAACUUUACAACUAAUGGACAGUAUCGUUUCACUCUCCCUACUCCAUUAAAUGUCUCUAGUGGAUACAGGAUUGGUGUAUAUCAACCUCCUGGAGACAGAAGUGUUGUUAGAUUCCAUUAUAUUAACCUGCCUGGUGAUGUUGAUCAUGAUAGAACUGGAAAAGUACAAUUAAAUGACAUUAACAACAAUGAAAUUAGAAUAUCAGGAGGAGGUCGACAUGUUGACUAUGAAGAAGUUACUAUACUAAUACAUCCAAUAGUGCAGAAUACAAGUUGUUUUGCACAAUUUGUACCUGAUGACAUAAUCAAUUCAUUAAGUUAUUCUAUUACUGAUUCAUAUUAUGUUGAUGACACUAGAAUAUUCCCUGAUAUAAGGUUCACAUGUCAUGGUAUUAUUACUAACUGGAUAAUUGGUGGCUCUGCACUAGUCAUGCCAGUAAUUAAAAUAAGACAUUCAAAUAAUCUCACUACUACAGCAGCAACAUUGAACACUAGUGCUAGUAAUGCUGUUAUGAUAACUUCUCUUUUAUAUAAUUUUACUAUGAGCAAUGAGAUAACAGUACAACCUGGUGAUAUACUGAUGAUUGAGAGUAAUACUACAAAUUAUAUGUUCUAUCAACAAUACAAUGGACCACACAAUUACAGACUGGGGGACAACAAUGAGUUAAUUGCAUUAGGUACCAAUGACUAUCCCCUCAUUUUAGUUGUAGUAGAGCCUUUCACAAAUACAGCUACUUCAACAAUCAGUAGUACACAUAUUAAUACUGUCACUACUGUGCUUCCAUCAUCAAGCAUAUACUCCACAGCUACUGUAACAAUGGAAUCAAUGAAAUGUACUACAUCAGUGAUGAGUACACCAGUUAGUACAUUACAAAGUACAGGCAGUAAUACACUAAUAUUAGCAGGAACUAUUAGUACAGCAGUAUUUAUAUUACUGGUAGUUACUAUACUAGUAAUAUUAAUAGUGAGUGUAUUAGUAUGUAGGAGAAUAUGGGAUAAAACAUCAAAUGGAAAUGAUACUUUUAGUUCUACUGUUAGAAAAGCUGAUAUAAAUCAACAAUCAGAAGUGCCAAAUAUGGAAAAUACACUAUGGGCAUCAACUAAUCCUGCUUAUGGAGUUACUGGUGAAAAAUCUGGUGUAUCUGCUAAUCCUGCCUAUGGUAUUAACACUGGAGGAAUACAAAGUAUCAAUGAAGAAUCAUUAGUGUAUGAUGAACCAAGAACAAUGUAUAAUGAACAAGAGGCUACAAUAAGGCAAAAUGAAGCAUAUGGACAAAGCAACAAACUGCACCUUCUACAAUAA